AUGUUGAAGCUUAACCCAUACGCAAAGACCAUGCGCCGGAACACCAUUCUUCGACAGGCCACGAACCACAAAAUCCACAUGGAUAAGGCAGCAGCAGCACUAGAAGCCAAAUCAGAUCAGAAGGGGGUUGAGGGCAAGAAGCCUGUGGUGGGAAACAAAGAAAAGAAGGAUGUUGGCGAUAAGAAGCUGAAGAAGCCUGUGGUGGAAAAAAAGGCUGCAGGUACCAAGAAACCAGCAGCUGAGAAGAAGGCCACAGAAAAGAAACCCACCUCAGAGGAAAAGAAGGCUGCUGCAUAA